CCCUGGUUCUAGACAAUACUUUGUAUUUGUAGUGCAACAACCAAAACACACAAUGUCUCGACCAUACGACAACACAAACAUUGACCAACUCCAACGCGAUGCAGACGACUGUCUACUUACGUACGGAAUAGCCUUCCACCCCAAGAUCAUCACAUCUAUAGAUGGAAUCUAUGUCGAAACCGCAUCCGGCCACCGCAUGAUGGACUUCACUUCCGGCCAAAUGAGCACCCUAAUCGGCCAUGGCCACCCAGAAGUCGUCAACGUAGUCCAAAUCCACGCCCAGCACUUCGAUCACCUCUUCAGCGGCAUGAUCAGUCCUCCCGUCAUCAACCUCGCCAAACGCCUCACCAGCGUCGCCCCACCAGGCCUCGACAAAACCUUCUUCCUCAGCACUGGCGGCGAAGGCAACGAAGCCGCCACCCGCCCCGCCAAGUUCUUCACUAGGAAAUUCGAAAUCGUCGGCCUCGCAGCGUCCUGGCACGGUAUGACGGGCGCAUCGCUCGGUGCACAGUAUCACGCUGGACAUUCUGACUACGGACUAAACAUGAUUGGGAAUUUAGCGCUGCCGACACCGAAUUCUUAUCACUCGAUUUUCCGGAAGGGAGAUGGGACGUAUGAUUGGGAGACGGAGCUGAAUUACGGGUUUGAUUUGCUAGAUAAACAGUCUUGCAGCCGAUUUUAUCCAGUGGGGGGGAUGUUGGAACUUCCGCCUGGGAACCUCAAAGCGUUGAAGCAGCAUUGCGAGAAGAGGGGGAUGCUACUUGUUGUCGAUGAAGCGCAGACUGCGCUUGGGCGAGCAGGCGAUAUGUUCGCUUUUACACAUCAUCCAGAGGACGAGGGCGUGGUGCCUGACAUUCUUACUCUAAGCAAGACGCUGGGGAACGGUAUGCCGCUCAGUGCGGUCCUGACGUCGAAUAAAAUCGCCAGUCAGGCGAAAGAGAAUGGGUUUUUGUUAUACACUACACAUAUUAACGAUCCGCUUCCUGCAGCUCGGCUCAGUGUCAAACUUCAAGCUGAACUCAAACGGCUUCAAUCUCGCUACGGAUGUAUUGGCAAUGUGCGUGGUCGCGGUCUCAUGGCUGGUGUGGAGAUUGUCAGUGAUAGGAAGACGAAGGCUAGUGCUCCUGGUGUCGGAGCUACAGCGCAGUUGGCUACUAUGGCGUCUUUUGGUGGCGUUUUCCGGAUUGCACCUCCGAUUACUGUUACAAAAGUGCAGUUGGAUGUUGCAUUGGGGAUUAUUGAGGAGGCGCUGAAAACGACCUCAGACACUAUGCCGUUGUAUGUGACAGAUGAGAUUGCGGUGGAUGGCCAGCCUAUUGUGAAGUCAAACAUCUAA